AUGAAUACAAUUAACAAUCAGCAAACAACUAAUGAUCAUAAACAAUAUCAAUCGACAACAAAUAGAAUGAAAAGAAAAUUACCAUUGACAAAUUCAGAAAUAGUUCAAACUGUUUCAAAAGAUCUAAAUGAAUCUACUUUAAAUUUAAAUAAUGUCGAUCGAGAAAAUGACCUUGAUGAUUAUGCUGAUCAAAUUUUUAAUUAUUUGAAUGAAACUUCUACUAAAACAACAACAACAACGUCAUCUUUACAUCAAGUUGAAAAUAAUCAAAUUAAUUCAUCAUCUCAAUUAUUCAUUCCAACACAUUCGUCUAACAAUGAAAUCAAAUCAUUUUUAUGUUCUUUUUGUCCAUAUUUUACACAUAAUAUUCAAGAAUUUCAAAUACAUAUUGCAAAACAUACAGAAAAAAAUUUUCGAUGUUUAUUAUGUCCAUGCAUGUAUAAAUACAGACGAGAUUGUGUAACACAUAUGAAACGUAAACAUUCAAAUGAUGUUACCGGAUCAAUAUCACAACAUAUAGAGAAAAUUAAUAAUAAUAAUUCUAUUCAACCAUCAACAUCAACAUUUUCAAUCAAUCCAAAUUUAUGUUCAGAACAAAAACGAUAUGGUUGUCCUUAUUGUCCAUUGAUGGCUAAAUCAACUUCGUCAAUAUAUAGACAUCAAUCACGUAUGCAUACUUCAUUUCCUAAAAUCGUACAUAAAUACUCAACCGAUGAUCCAAAUACACGUAAUCUUGUUGCUAUACUUAAACAAAAAUCAAUUAAAAAUGAACAACUUUUGAAAUCUGAAAUACCUAAUGAAAAUGAUUUACCUGAUCCAUUAAAUAUUUCAUCAUCAUCAUCAUCGUCAACUAUUCAUCAACAAACCGAAUCUUAUUCAUUAGUCAAUCGUCAUCGAUGUGCUGCAUCAAAACAUAUUACUGCUCAUAAUAUUUGUUUAUCAAAUGGUCGUUUAUCAAAGAUUUUUCAAUGUUGUCUCUGUGAUUAUCGAGCAUAUCAUCGAAGUAAUGUUGUUCGACAUGUUAAAAAAAUACAUACAAAUAAUAUUGAUCAAUCCAGUCCUCAAUUAAUAGAAGAAAAUUCAAAUAAAUUAAUUAUUAAUGAUGAAUCAAAUUUGAAUAAUUCUCAUAUCGAACAAAUACCAAAUUAUUCAUUAAAUACUAUUGUACAAGCUCCAAUUAUACCUACUAAUAAUGAUUCAAAUAAAUCCUAUGCUGAUAUUCAUCUUUCGAUAAAUAUUUUUCUUCCAAAAAAGAAGAAAUAUAACUUGUUGAAUCGAACAAGAAGUGAUUGCAGUAAUGAUGGAUAUUCUGAUGAAAAUAUCAGUCAUGAUGAUGAUGAUGAUGGCGAUGGCAUAACAAAAAUUCAUAUAUCUUCAUCUAAUCAACAAAAUCUUUCUAGUGGAUCAUUGUAUAAACCACAUAAAUGUCGUCGAUGUUUUUAUCGAUCUAAUUGGAAAACUGAUAUGCUUCAUCAUAUUCGUCUUAAACACCAUAUAAAUCAUGCAAGUAAAUCUGAUUACGUAUCAAUGGAUUUUGAUUCAGCUUUACGUUCAUUUUCAAAUUAUGAGAAAACAUUUGGAAAAGUUCUUAAAAGUAUAUUUUAG